AUGUCUGUGCCAAAUAUCUAUCCAAUCCAAACAACCAAUGGUAAAGUUUUGAAGGUGUACUGUGAUAUGACGUCAGAGCAGGGGAUGGUGUGGACUUUGAUCGAGUCAUUUGCUCUUUCGGCAAAAAAGAAGUACAAAGCGGCACCAUUGACAAUGGAUUUUCCUUCCAACGAAGAAAACCCUCCCAACUGGUCUGACUAUCGCUUGUCACGCAAUACAAUGCAACACGUCAAACGUGACGCUACUCACUGGAGAGCCUCUUGUAACUAUGACAAGGAUAGACUGAUGAAAACAGACUACAUCCGGGGACGUCUGAGUGAAAUGGAUAUCCUGACGUACUUGGGGGGUUUCACAUGUGCUAGAGUCGAGUACAUCAACGUGCGUGGAAUCAGCUGUCAGAACUGUACCACUCAUUUCAGGCAAACCUCUGUUCUGCAUGCAUUUGUUGAUAGUGGGUAUGGAUUGAACAUCGGUUGCCAAUGGAAUGGAAGACAUGGAGCUGUUCGUUACUGGUGCGACAACUUUGGAAGAUACGAUAUUAUAAACCCAGCUCAUCGAUGUCCAUCUUCGUUAUCAUCAACUACGCAGUGGUGGCUUGGUAAAGAGGUCUAA